AUGGCGCGACUGAGUGGCGUGGGAACCGAGGCGUCUCCUGCCCCGUCCGACGACAAUACCCCAGACUCCCCUCCCUUCUUCAACACUACAUUCUCGACGCAUCGCGUAUCGCCUCUACACGUCAACUCUGAAGGUCUUACUCCAGCGAGACUGGAAGCAAUCUCGCGCCGCCUCCGAGACACCCUGGUCGGUGAUGUUGUCCGCGGCAUCCAAGUCGGAAUCCAGGCUACCGAGACGCCAUCUGGACAAGUGGGACCGUUGAAGACAGUUCGAGUUCAGUGGUUUCAAGCGAGCACAGUCUUGGGCGGAGAUGAAGACAACGAGAAUCGGCGGGGCCUCUGGAUCGAGAUACGACACGAAAACGCUGCAUACGCAGGGAUUCUUCUCCCCGGCAUGUCUGCUUCGCCCCAGCUAAGCAACACCGAUACGCAGAACAAUUUUCUCCACCUGCCGCUUCUUCUGCUGCGGAUGCCCAUCGCACUUAAAAAUGUGGUGACCGAUUGGCUCUCUGCCACGUUUGACUGCCGUGUUAGUCGGAUGACAAUGGGAACAAAGACCAUCUUGGGAGUCUGGGAGAGCUGGAUCGAGGCUGUUGGGAUUAAUAACAGCGGGCCUGAUUUUGUCCUUACUUUGGCUUUCAACGUGCCUCUGGCAGCAACCGGCGAUACCCCGUUGGAAGAUUCAAACGACGAGGCUGCUCAAGACUCACCAACGCCUGGCCUGAGGUCCGUUGAGAUUACUAUAUCACACCAAGACCUCCAGCGAUUCGCACGUGCGGGAGCCGGGGUCCAACCCCCGCAAAAAGACAUUCCCGGCCCGUGGGAGAAUGAUUCCCGCGAGCGCCGAAGGCUUGCAGGUGGAAAUUCCGAUGACGGCUGGGCAUGGCGAGCGGGCAGGGAUGCUAAGGCGCACCCAUUCACCGAAGCCCUAGGCAGAUACCUUGCUCACCACCUCGCAUUGAACCUGUUUCAUCCUAGUGUUCGCGUCACGCAGAUAUCAUGCAGUGGAUUUGUUCUGGGACAGAGCCGUCUGAAAAUAUUGCGGCUCGGCGAGAUGACCGAUGACCUCUCGCGUGCUGCAUGGACGUUUGUGGAGCAACUGGGAGACAGGAUAAAAGGAGACCAGCUUCCCCAGCUAUUUUCGACCAAGUUUAAUGGUUGA